AUGGAUAGAGUGAUUCCUCCUCCUCAUUCAACGACGGUAGAUAGCGCCGGCGAUUCUUCACACGCUUCGGACGGAUACUACACUCCAAAAGGAUUUCUAAACCAAGAUUUAAUUAAACAGUCAGUGUUUUUAUUUUGGACUAUUUUUUUUUCCUUUUAUCGAAAAAAAAUUGGCUCUCUUAACUUAAUUUCUUUUAAAUUUCUAUGAAUCUCCAAGUUUUUUUCACAGAGCUGCAACGCAACGAGAGUCACAAAGGUUGGAAGGACAGCGAGACUCGUGCGCCUCCAACCUGAGCACCUCGAGCAACGCCUCAGUCUUCCGAUUUCCCUCCACCUCACCGCUCAUCGUCAUCAGGUCGGACUGUAUUCGUUAUUGCAAUGGAUGUUUUGUUUAAAAGUAAGCUAAAGCCCGCAAGCUAGAGCCCGCAAAGAUCAUCAAAUCAUUUAUUUUGUUGUUUUAGUCUGAUGUAAUCGACUAGGCGGUGAACAAGAACUUUAAAAGCUAUAACGAACAACCGCCUUUGGCGGACUAGAAGUCCAAACGUGUAGUCGAAAGAGUUGAAAGCAUGGUCUUACGGUCCUUCGCCUCGUCCUUCUGCGCGUAGUCCACCCAGUUGCGCCUUGACGAGCUCAGAAUGUAGUGGAUGUUGUGCUGGAGCCCGGAGACCGUGCUCUAGGUGGAAGCCUCAGAAUGAGAGCGACAGCUUCGAGUGAAGAUUUUACGCGAAAUGUUUAUAAAAUAUAGCUGAUUCACGGCUGGCUUGAGUCAUCGAGAAAAGGGUCCUGCCACGAAAAGAGACGAGACAGUGCCUUGGUUGGUGGAGAGUGCAGACAGGCCACGCCUUUUUGCGACCCAAGCUAGCCGUGAAUCGUCUAUACAUACAUGCAAGUUUGAAAUUGAAACCUCUUUUGAGAUUUUUGAAACUCAUUUAGUCAAAAUGUUAACAUUUCAUAUUUUAGGUGACAUGCUGGAAAAUUGGUGAUCGAAAGAUCCUUUUUGCGGACUCUACUGUAAGCUAAUAACCGACCACUCACGCUAAUUGAUUAGGGUGGCUACUUGUAUUCCUUUUCGAUUCACUAUAUGUGGCAGCUUGUAAAAUACCCCCUCCCUUCCGCAUGUAUCGAUCAUUAAUAGAGUACUUCUUCACUUUUUUCUUUUCAAAUUACGUAUGUUUUCAGUCCACCUAAAGACGAAACACCUCUAAAAAUCACCGCCGCCCCCGACUUCUCAACUAACCAACAGGUAGUGGGAACUCAUCGAAGGUACGUCAAAUUUCAGAUAGAAAAAGAAAUCUAUGCAGCAUUUCUCGAAUCUUCAGACCCUAAAAAUUUUUUUCCUCAUUUCAGAUCACUGAUUAUCGCAAUCGUAGCCGCGGGGCUCGUCGUCCUAUCAGUCGCCAUGAUGAUUCUUCUGGUUCUUCUCUGA